GCGUAGCGACUGAGGAUGGAAAUGGAAGAGGGGAGAAUCGAACUGAGACUUCCUUGAAGCCGGCGGCCGGCCGAUUCCUCUAUUCAACUCAAGCUAGUCUGCAAUGGCCGCAACGGCGGCGGUAUCUCCCCGGACGCUGCUCUCUUCCUUCCAUCAAAGGUUCAUCUUUACUGUUCCAGCCUUCUUAAAUCUUCCCGCCAGCAGCGCUAGGUGCAACUGCCGCGGCGGGAAGGUUCGCCUGUUCUCGGCGAUCCGCUGCGUACAAUCGGCCGAAGAAAUUUCCACCGCCACGGGGAUAACGACCUCCGUUUCGGAGGAAAUCGGGCGGCGCAAUGUAAUUGACAUAUUGGAGGAAAGAGGUUUGCUGGAAUCCCUCACCAGCGACAAUCUCAGGUCGGUUUCCUCCAAUUCAGAAUCUUCUCCACUUAGGGUUUACUGUGGCUUCGAUCCCACCGCCGAGAGCUUGCACUUAGGCAACCUCCUCGGAAUCCUAGUCCUCUCCUGGUUCCACCGCUGCGGCCAUAGAGUCGUCGCGCUUAUCGGCGGCGCCACCGCCCGAAUCGGCGAUCCCUCGGGAAAAAUCCUCGAGCGGCCCGAGCUGGACGUGGAAACCCUCGAGAGAAACACCUUAGGGAUAGCCAAUACCGUAACCAGAAUCCUGAAUUCGAGCAAUUCGACAACCUCUUUCGUGGUUAUGAACAAUUACGAUUGGUGGAAGGAGUUCAAAUUGCUGGAUUUUCUCAAACAGGUAGGGAGAUACGCUAGGGUAGGAACAAUGGUUGCUAAAGAGAGCGUGAAGAAGAGGCUUGAAUCCGAACAAGGAAUGAGCUACACGGAGUUCACUUACCAGCUAUUACAGGGCUAUGAUUUUCUCUACCUCUUCCAGAACCAUGGAGUGAAUGUUCAGAUUGGAGGCAGUGAUCAGUGGGGGAACAUUACGGCAGGAACUGAUCUCAUCAGGAGAACCCUUCAGCCGAAGGAAGGCGAAGGAGGGUUCGGCUUAACUUUCCCUCUCCUGCUCAAGAGCGACGGGACCAAGUUUGGGAAAUCUGAGGAUGGAGCCAUUUGGUUGUCCCCUGCAAUGCUGUCUCCUUACAAGUUUUACCAGCACUUGUUCUCAGUUCCUGAUUCCGACGUGAUCAAGUUUCUCAAGAUGCUGACUUUCCUCGACAUGAAGGUGGUAGAUGAGAUGGAAUUGCAGAUGCAGAGUCCGGGUUACUUGCCAAACACUGCACAGAAGCUGCUUGCAGAAGAGGUGACUCGAUUUGUCCAUGGCGAAGAAGGCCUUCGAGAGGCGAUCAAGGCUACUGAGGCUUUGAGGCCUGGAGCCGAGACUAAGUUGGACUGGAAGACGAUUGAAGGGAUUGCUGAGGAUGUGCCUUCCUGUUCCAUGGCAUAUAAUGAAGUUGUCAAUCUGUCGGUCGUUGAUCUCUCAGUGUCUUCUGGUUUGUUGGAAAGCAAAUCGGCAGCUAGGAGGUUGAUGAAGCAAGGAGGUUUGUACCUGAACAAUAGCAGAGUUGAUGAGGAGAGUAAGAGAAUCGAGAAUGAAGACAUAGUUGAUGGGAAGCUUCUCCUUUUGUCUGCUGGCAAAAAGAACAAGGUUAUAGUUCGCAUUUCUUGAUCUCCCAUAUGGCUUAAAUUCAACAGGCAGUUAGUUGCCUUAAAAGUGGAGCUUUUGUUUCGCUCUGUUGUUGAGAAGUGCAGCUCUUCAUUUUUGAGAGGUUCACGAAACCAUUUGUAAGCACUGUUUAAUUGAUUCAUCAAACAAGUUUCUUCCUUUACCUAUCACAUCGAUUUGUUUCUGUGAAUGGUAUUUUGGUCACAUUCAAAGUAGGUCUUCUAUGUAUUCGCAUCUUUAUGUUAGUCCAUUGAGCUGCACUCAAAGCAAACCAGCUUAGAAAGUACCAAUAGAAGCUCAGUUCACCCGCUACUGCAGCAGCUGAUAAACAACUUGGUUACAG